ACGACCAGUUCGGUUCCAAUACAGUAAUAAAAGUUGCUCCUCCGGGAAUCCCACCUCGAUUAUUCUUCCCCCCGUCAUUCCUACUCCUCUAUUAUCAUAAUACCUUCUAGGCGAGCCUUUUUUGUGCUGCCGUCCGAUCAUUUCAAUUGUUUGAAUUGCUUCCAAUUCGCUUCACUCGUUACCAUAACCUCUCGCUCUCUCUACGCCUCUACCCGAGUACUUAGAUAAUUAAUAUAAUGCUUGCCUCCCGGCGAUGAUCGAAUCCGAGCUUCAACAAUCUCUAUGGCGCCGACCGAUCAACCGGGUACCACCAUCCUAGGCCGGCCAAAGCCCGCACAACAAAGACCACCACCACGAGCCGCUUCACCACCGAUCGGGGGAAUAGGAGCAUCACCCCCACGACCGACGGGAGUAACUACGACAAGCAUCGCAGCAGGAAUCAUACCAAGACGAACUUCACCACAAUUCGAAUUCCGUGGUUUCGACUUCUUCGCUAACCGCGAUUUUAAUGAGCUUAAAAAUGCGUCGCGCGCGUACUUUGCGCCCGCUACGGCGGGUGAAAAACAUCAACGAUUGCCUUCGACGUGGUUAGGCGAUGCGACGCCGCCUACUAGUCCGCGACCAUCUACUACUUUUGACCCGCCUCCCGUACGGGAGAAUAGGUUUCUAGGAGGGCCAAUUGGUGGGGGACAAGUUCCUUCGAAUGAGAGGAAGAUAUUUGGGUUAAGGAGGAGACAGUUUUGGUGGUUGUUAGCGUUAGUUGCGCUGUUGCUUGUUGUCGCGAUUGGUGUUGGUGUUGGAGUUGGUGUGGGUAGAUCGGCUUCGAAUAGCUCUAAGCAAGUUGCUGGUGGAGCUGUUACGUCGAGUCCAUCAUCGUCAUCUUCAGGCACAGUGUCGAGCUCAGAUUCACCAGCUGCAACUGGCACUGUGACAACUACAUCUAACCCUUCAAAAACCACCACAUCAUCAACUUCAACCCCGACAGGCGACACCGAGGGUAAAAUUGACUGCCCCGCUGCCAACGGCACUACAUACCAAGUUCCAGGCUCAGAUAAACGAUUCCUACGGAUCUGUGGUAUAGAUUAUAGUAGCGACCAGGCGGUAGACAUACGCCAGGUACCUACAGAGAGCAUUCUCGAUUGUAUGAAGAAUUGUGCUGGAACAGCCGGAUGCACGGGAUGUGGCUGGGGUUAUCUUCAAGGUGAUACAGGUACCCAGCACAAAUGUUGGCUGAAGGGAAAUCUGAAGAAAUCUCACGAGGCCGAUAUUAACUGGGCUUUUGCUGUACUUUUAUGAGGGGACGAGGUGAUAUCAUUGUAUGAGGAUGUAUAUUGAGAAUACUGUCGUGACGAAUGUAACGACAUGAGUGGAUAGCUUUCUGCUGUAUAAAAUUAAUACAAUAUUGAUACCCCGAGCUUGUAUAAGGGAUAUGCCAGUCAAUAGUAGGCAUCUAUAUGAGAUAAUGGAAUUAG